CUCCAGCUACUCGACUGUGGCCCUAGAGUUUGAGAAGGCGCAUCAGAUCGCUCCCGUGUUCAACUCGCCCAGGAUGUCGCGGCGGAGCCUGCGUCUGCAGACCACGGGCGGUCUCUAUGGCAACGACAGCCUGGCUGACUUCUCCUCCCAGAACCACAGCAGCGGAGGGUCCAGUCGGACAGAGUCAUGGUAAGACUACACAGGGUCCAGUCAGAGAGAGUCAUGGUAAAACUACACAGGGUCCAGUCAGAGAGAGUCACGGUAAGACUACACAGGGUCCAGUCAGAGAGAGUCACGUAAGACUACACAGGGUCCAGUCAGAGAGAGUCGUGGUAAAACUACACAGGGUCCAGUCAGAGAGAGUCACGGUAAAACUACACAGGGUCCAGUCAGAGAGAGUCAUGGUAAAACUACACAGGGUCCAGUCAGAGAGAGUCACGGUAAGACUACACAGGGUCCAGUCAGAGAGAGUCUGUUAAACUACACAGGGUCCAGUCAGAGAGAGUCAUGUUAAGACUACACAGGGUCCAGUCAGAGAGAGUCAUGGUAAGACUACACAGGGUCCAGUCAGAGAGAGUCAUGGUAAAACUACACAGGGUCCAGUCAGAGAGAGUCACGGUAAAACUACACAGGGUCCAGUCAGAGAGAGUCGUGGUAAAACUACACAGGGUCCAGUCAGAGAGAGUCACGGUAAGACUAUACAGGGUCCAGUCAGAGAGAGUCACGGUAAGACUACACAGGGUCCAGUCAGAGAGAGUCAUGUUAAACUACACAGGGUCCAGUCAGAGAGAGUCACGGUAAGACUACACAGGUCCAGUCAGAGAGAGUCAUGUAAAACACACAGGGUCCAGUCAGAGAGAGUCAUGUAAACUACACUGGGUCCAGUCAGAGAGAGUCAUGUUAAGACUACACAGGGUCCAGUCAGAGAGAGUCACGGUAAGACUACACAGGGUCAAGUCAGAGAGUGUCAUGGUAAGACUACACAGGGUCCAGUCAGAGAGAGUCAUGGUAAAACUACACAGGGUCCAGUCAGAGAGAGUCACGGUAAGACUACACAGGGUCCAGUCAGAGAGAGUCAUGUUAAGACUACACAGGGUCCAGUCAGAGAGAGUCAUGUUAAGACUACACAGGGUCCAGUCAGAGAGAGUCAUGUUAAGACUACACAGGGUCCAGUCAGAGAGAGUCAUGUUAAGACUACACAGGGUCCAGUCAGAGAGAGUCAUGUUAAGACUACACAGGGGAAUGGAGUCAAUGGACACACACACCACAAACGUCACUGUUGAGACACAAGGUCGACAAAUAGCUCAUUUAAAUUAACACAGGUCCCUGAUACACACAGAGACAAACACAUUGUCAUAAUCAGAGCAUCACUAUUACUACACCGUACCAAGACUCCUGUGUAGUCCAGGUGUCAGGAGCAGAAAACACAGCGUUCCUCCAGUCAAGUCCGUUCAGUAUAAACCCGUCCCGUCCAUGUCUAGAACCAGGUCGCCAGAAGAGUCAUUCUUAAAUCACCACCACAACUCACGACUACAGGUCACAUGCAGCGAUGUCAUGGUAGACUACCUCCAUCCGGAUCAUUAACUCCGUCCAGUCAAGAGGGCAUUAAACCACACAGUCCAGUCAAGAACGGCUCACAGGGUCAGUCAGGAGAAGGUCAGGUAGCACAGGGUCCAUCGAGAGAGAAAGCUUACACGGUUGAUAGAGAGGUCAUUAGCUCACGGUCCCAGAGUAGGUCAUUUCAAAGCCACAGUCCUCGUGAUCAUCGUUGACUACAACAGGUCAUCAGGGUCAGAAACUCACAGGUCAUAAAGUCACUAAGACACACAGGUCCGUGGAGAGUCACGUUAAGACUAGGGUCCAUAGGAGAGUCAGUUAAGCUAACAGGAAUGAGUCAUGCCCAAUUCACACAUACGCACUCUUGCGUUUGCUUUCCUGAUAUUAACAUUAAAACGGAUGAUACCAGAGAACACUGAUAUCAGGCACACACUGACUUCUAUCAUCCCUACCAAUCUCUCUCCUGUGUGUCAGGAUGGUGAGGAGCAGAAAACAGCAGCAGUCUGCCUCCAGCUCCCAGUCCCUGUCUCAGUCCCUGAACCAGUCCCUGUCCCUGUCUCUGAACCAGACGCCACGCAAGACCCUCUCCUUCUUCACCACCAACACUCCCACUACAGGCUGCACCACUGUCAGCGAUGCCUCCCUGGUCUCCUCCAUCCUGGACCAUUCCAACCUCCGCCAGCGGUCCACCACUACUUCCACCACUACUACCACAGACGGCUACAGGGGUCAGUCCAGGGGCAAAGGGCAGGGCAUGGGUCAUACGAUCAGAGGAAGGGUUACGUUUGAUAGAGAGGAUACAUUAGCUCUAUUCUGGUUCCCAGACCUGUACGGUAUGUGCAUUAGCCAACUCCUCUGACUAUCGUUGGCUUGAGAUGACAGGUAUGGUCAGACAAUCUAUCAUACGAUGGCUAAAGCACAGGUCUGGGACCAGUCAACCGCAUUAGAAUAUGAGGUAAAACUAGGACUGUAGCAGUUUAAGCUAACUAGUUAGCAUGCUAAUUUUAAUUACUGCAGUUUGUUGUUUGUGUGUCUAUCUGAUAUGUAAGGCAGGAAUGAUGAAUGGUUUGUGGGAUUACCAGGGGAGAGACGGGGCAGGCUGACUGUAUAAUCUUUCCAUUUAAUCCCUUUGAUGUGGUUUUACGGAGAUUAGCUGCGUUAUUACCUGUGUGACCCAAUACAAUUAAUUAAUCAGUAUUCAAUGAUCUCCCAUUGGCUUUGAUGAUUUGAUAAUGCUUUAUUCCCUCUACGUUCAGAUCAGGAUACCAAUCUGAAAGGUGAGUCUUCACCAUACAUUAUAAUGAUAUUUGUGUGCAUUCACCUGAGUAGGGAUCUUUUAUUACACAUCAUCACAACACUUUUCCAGGAAGUAAACACAGGCUUGCUUUAAGGCUAGCUCUGAUGUGCAAAAUAAUUAUAUUUUGAGACCAUAGAAAUAUAUGAAGAAAUGGUUUUCUAGUCAGAUUUGUACUUAAAAAUGUUCCUCUUGUGUGUGUGUUUUCCCCAGGGAGGAGUUCAAGGACAGACUACAGCUCAACGGGUGCGAACGGCGGCGUCAACACUGUGUCGCACAGCCACGCCAUGGUCGCCAACGGUUACAUCUGUAAAGACUGUUCCAUACACUCUGAGAGGAAAGAAGCCCUCACCACAUACUCUUCCUCCUCCUCUUCCACGUCUCAGGCUGGCUCUGCUGCAGCAGCUGCCGCCGCCCUCUCCUCCUCCUCUUCGUCAACUCAGGCUGCCUCUGCUGCAGCAGCUGCUGCCGCCGUCUCCUCAUCAUCAGCAUCAUCAUCAUCAGCCUCAUCCUCCAGUUUAUACUGCACGGACAAGAGUCAGAGGAACAAGACAGGUGAGAACCGUACCUAGUGUGCACACAACUGACUGGGGAGUGAAACAGGGUUGUGUUCAUUAGGCACCAAACGGAAGAAAACAGACUGAAACAUGGAGGGACAACCUGGACGCUCAUUUUCUGUUGCAAAACGCUUUCUGUUGCAUUCCCUAAUGAACACGACCCAGUGUUCCUGUCCUAGGAUAAAGGUAAACAGGAGGUCCUUUCUGUUUGAUGGUUUACAAACCUGUGCAUAUCACACUGUUUCCUUAAUUUAUAAAAAAGAGUCCCGUUAGAAGACUACCUUAAAAGCCCAGAAUGCCCAAAACAAAUUCAAAUGAUCAGUCAACCAGCCAUUUCUUGUGUGUUUCUCUGUUUCUGUUUGCUUGUUAGUGCUAAGGCUAUGUGGGUUUCCACUAAGGAGAAGGACCCAUUUCUCUAACUUUUAUAUGUCCGAUUAAGUUAACUAACCUGCCAACCUUUCUCUGUCUAGGUCUCCUGGUGUCAGUGUCUAACACGUGUGUCCACCACAGCAGACGAGCCCUGGCCCCUAUAGUGUCCCUGGUGACACUGCUCUUCCAGAACGUUCUGUGGCUGGGCACUAGGGCCAGGAGCCACUCAGGCAAAGGUAUAAGAGAUGCUUACUACUCGGGUCUGUUCAGAUGGGCGCAACAUUACAAAACGUUCACAUAGAAAUGCAUUAUGUAGAACAGAUAUGGUGCACAAUUUGGCAUCAUAUCAUCUCUAUUCAUUGUAUUUCUAUCUGCACGUUUUACUUCACUGAAUUCCCCCAUGAUACUACUUCCCUUCCCACCUGAUCAAUCGCUCUCUUUUUUUUUACUGUCUUUCAUGGUUUGAUUUAUUCAAAGCUGUUCAACCUGAUAGUCUCAAGGGACUGGACUCCAGUUAAUCAUAAUAGGGCUAUAAAAAUAUAUAUUUUCACAGGCUCUUUGAACUGUCCUCUCUCCUCAUCCCCCUGCUGUCUUGUUCCUCCUGCUGUCCUGUCUCUCCUCUUCCUCCUGCUGUCCUGUCUCUCCUCUUCCUCCUGCUGUCCCUCCUGCUGUCCUGUCUCUCCGCUUCCUCCUGCUGUCUUGUUCCUCCUGCUGUCCUGUCUCUGCUGUUCCUCCUGCUGUCUGGUCUCUCCUCUUCCUCCUGCUGUCUUGUUCCUCCUGCUGUCCUGUCUCUGCUGUUCCUCCUGCUGUCCUGUCUCUCCUCUUCCUCCUGCUGUCUUGUUCCUCCUGCUGUCCUGUCUCUGCUGUUCCUCCUGCUGUCCUGUCUCUCCGCUUCCUCCUGCUGUCUUGUUCCUCCUGCUGUCCUGUCUCUGCUGUUCCUCCUGCUGUCUGGUCUCUCCUCUUCCUCCUGCUGUCUUGUUCCUCCUGCUGUCCUGUCUCUGCUGUUCCUCCUGCUGUCUGGUCUCUCCUCUUCCUCCUGCUGUCUUGUUCCUCCUGCUGUCCUGUCUCUGCUGUUCCUCCUGCUGUCUGGUCUCUCCUCUUCCUCCUGCUGUCUUGUUCCUCCUGCUGUCCUGUCUCUGCUGUUCCUCCUGCUGUCCUGUCUCUCCUCUUCCUCCUGCUGUCUUGUUCCUCCUGAUGUCCUGUCUCUGCUGUUCCUCCUGCUGUCUGGUCUCUCCUCUUCCUCCUGCACAGCCUGGUCAUCAGUCAUAAAGUCAUAUAUUUUUAUGUGACCUCAUCAUGCCUCACUGCUCUCUUUUCCUCACCUGCCCUGCUUCCUCAGGGUGAGCUGGUGAAUAUCCAGUACUCUUCCACUCCUGUCUCUUCCCGGCCUCAAAAAUCUGACGUUAGAGGUGGAAAUGGAAUAGCCUGGUCCAAGAUCUGUAUGGGCCUUAACAUUAGUCAGAGUUUUAGUCGGCUAAAUAAAGCUAAAUACUGAUCUGGUCCCGUGCUAGAAAGGGGAUGGGGGUUUAACAGACACAUUGUCUGACCUGACCUUUGAUGUGUGGUAUGGUUGUGUCACUAGGUGUUCUGGCGUCCCUCUUAGACAGGGCCAGACGGGCUGUUUCCUCCAGCGCGUCCUGCGUCUCUUGGUUCUUUAAGCAGACCACUCUCCACAGGAUGAUGGGCUACAGGGCCAACAGCUACGAAGGCAAAGGUACCUGACCCACCGCCGGCAUGGGUCAAAGGUCAUCGAUCAUCAACACUGACCAUCAACACUGACUCAGUGACCCUCUUUUCUUCAGCCCUCUAUUUCCACUGUCUGCCGACUCAACAUUUAUUUCUCAAGCUCUUGGUCUUUGCAUUUCUGUGUCUGUGAAAAAGUAUCUGUGAAGGCUGGGCAUAAGUUUAACUGUGCAUGUAUAGUAAUGGUUUGGUGGAAUUAUAAUGUAGAGGAAUGCUUCUCUCCACAGUAUGUACCGAUGCUGUUUUCUACUGUGUAGUUUCACCAUAGAGAACUCUCUUUCAGAGUAUCUCUCUCCAGCUCUGUCCAUCUACCACUGCAUGCUCAUCAAUGAAACAGUCCUCCAUCCUUCUUAAAGGGACAGAGACAGAACUCCUGUACCACCUCACUGUCUGUCACUAGUCUUUGUUUCCCCCCUACACACACUCUCUCUCUGUCUCUCUCUCUCUCUCUCUCUCUCUCUCUCUCUCUCUCUCUCUCUCUCUCUCUCUGUCUCUCUCUCUCUCUCUUGCUCUCUCUCUCUCUCUCUCUCUCUCUCUCUCUCUGUCUCUCUCUCUCUCUCUCUCUCUGUCUCUCUCUCUCUCUCUGUCUCUCUCUCUCUCUUUUGCUCUCUCUCUCUCUCUCUCUCUCUCUCUCUGUCUCUCUCUCUCUCUCUGUCUCUCUCUCUCUCUUUUGCUCUCUCUCUCUCUCUGUCUCUCUCUCUCUCUCUCUCUCUGUCUCUCUCUCUCUCUCUCUCUCUCUCUGUCUCUCUCUCUUGCUCGCUCUGUCUCUCUCUCUCUCUCUUGCUCUCUCUGUCUCUGUCUGUGUGUCUGUUUUGUUUAUGUGUUUUCUCUCUUCAUCCAUCUCAGGUUUCAUACAGGUCCUCUUGAUUACGUCAUAAACAAAUGGGCUUCUUUCCACUUUGGUUGGUUCCCUUGGUGACAUGCAAAUGUCCCUCUUACCCUCUCUUUGUGUGUUGUAAUAUACAAUGCGUCACACACUCUUGGUCGCCACUCGCCUGCAGAAUGGAAUGUUUUGGUAUGUAAAUAUGAUUAUUCAUAGUUUGUUGUUGUGUUGCAGCUCACUCCAGUUACUGUGGGAGCAUGAAUGUAAAAGACCACGUGACGGGAGACGGACACUUUUUGAAUGGCUCGUUGUGUAAGUAGCCAACACGCUCACACACACACACACACACACACACACACACACACACACACACACAUGUGCGUGCACACACACACAAAUUCCCUCUCAAGUGCUCUAUACGUGGCAGGGGGCCACUUUCUGACACAGAGUUAAUUCUAUGCGUGACCUAUUUCCAGAUCAGUGCACAGGGGUUAUGUGAACAACUAGGGCCAGUGACCAGUCGGUCACGCCUCUUUCACCAGUCAGUGACUAUACUCUGGCUACUGGCCUCCCUAGUCAGAUACAGCAGGUGUUUGUGUGUUUCCAUACAAGCACUUAGAAGUCUUUUUUAAGGGCCUGAACCCAUAAAGAUCAAUCAGAUGUAUCUCUGUGAAUGUGUGAAUGUUUCACUUCAAAGAUUGUUUUCAAUGAAAAUGGGAGAAGAAAUGGCUAGUCCUGUAGGGUUACAUGUCUUAUCUAACAUCUUCCUAAAUGACACUGGCGUGACAAACGAUCCUGAGAAUGCAGUUGAACAAACAUCAAACAGAGAACAAAGGCCUGUUUGACACAGAAGGCGCUUACCAAACGUCUGGAGAGGAGGGAGGGAGGAAGGGAUGGGCUGUGUCACCAAAGAGAUAGGCAACGUUCCUGGUUUUCUUUUUGCACAUGCUUACAUCACAGAAGAUUGCUUUUUCGUAUUAAUGUGGUUCCUUUGUUGUGAGAUUUGAUCAUCAACGCAUUUUGAUUGCAAUAAAGUUAGUUAGUAGAGCAUGGCGCUUGCAACGCCAGGGUUGUGGGAAUCGAUUCCCACGGGGGAUCCAGUAUGAAAAUGUAUGCGCUACUGUAAGUCGCUCUGGAUAAGAGCGUCUGCUAAAUGUACAAAUGAAAUAAUAAAAUGAUAACUGUGUUGCAGUUUUUACACUGGGGACAUUUCACUCAUUCAAAAGCAUUUUUUAUAAUAUUUUAUUUUCCUUUUCUUUUUUUUUUACAUUCCAAAAACAAACGUAUACGAACUACUACUUACACACACACACGAACAAUGACUACAUCUCAUCUGCCCAGACCCACAUGCUCACACCCCCAUCCCUACUGCCUGCAUUAUUGUUGCCACUUGGUCUUAAAUUGUACUAAUUUGUUUUUCUGAGUCACCCAUAAUAUUUUCAUUGUGUUAAUGAUGUUGGAUUGAAUGACUGAAAGUUUUUAGUAUAUGUUUUUUCAAAAUGAGUGAUGAGAAAAGAAUGGUCCAGCCCAUUGGGUAUCUCACUACACCCCAUAUGUCAUGUCUUGAAAUAUGCAGACAGAUGGAUUCAAAGUAAGUUUACAUUGUAAUAAUUCUGACAGCCAACUUUCUAGCUCCGCCCAUUACUUCAGAACUUUAUAGCAUUCCCAGAAAGCAUGGAUUAUUGAGUCAUUAUUAGUUUUACACUUGAGACAUGACUUCACCGUUGUGCUGUAGAAUUUCAGAAUUGUUCUCUUGCAUAAUACAUUCUAUACAUUAGUUUAUACUGGAUUAAGCAUACAUUAUCGUUAGUUAUGCUCUAACUUUCCCUCCAUCUUGUGCCAACAUCAGUUCUUUUUAAAUCUUGGUUCCAAUAGUUUUUUUUUUUUUUUUGAAGAGAUUGUCAAUUGGAUAUGCUCUCCUCAAGGUUUUGUAGAUAUUCCCUAUCAUAUGAGCAUCCUUUUCUGACUCCCUCAAGGUUGCUCUGAUGUCCAAAAGAUUUCAAAUAGAAAUGUCAUGAUAAGUAACUUUUACAUCUACAUUGGUCCAAAAUUACUUUUUUAUUCUGUCAUGGAAAUAAAUGUAUUUCCUAUUACCAAGUCAUUUAUGGUUUCUAUGCCUUUAGUUUUCCAUGUGGACCAAUUUAUCGAUGCAUUCUGAAAACCUAUCCAAGUAUCGUUCCAUAAGGUUGUGUUUCUAGGGAGUGUUAUUGGUUAUUUUGGUAAAAUACGUUUCAUUUUCUUCCGUAUCGUUAUAGUGUUCUUAACUAUGAAGUUGUUAAUGUUCUUAGCUUUACCCUUUGAAAAUAGACACCUAAAAAGAUUCUGGGGAUGAGCGUGCGCAUCUUCAAUAUGUACCCAUUGUUCCUAUUUAGUGAAUUCAACUAUAUGUCGCAAGUAAAAGCCUUGGGUAGCGAGUUAAAACCACCCUCAGACUUAGGAAGAUGUAUAACGUUCCUUUUUGUUCUAUUAAUUUUAUUUGAAUGAUUUUACAUUGCAUACAUUAUUUAGAACUUUCAAUUGACUUCUGAUUUGUUAAGUUACAUCAAUUUUUUUUAAUUGUCAUUUCAUUUUACAUCAUUAUUCAUUCAUUCAUUCAUUUGUUUGUGUUAUGUUUUGUUUUCCUUCUUGUCUGCCAUCCAUCUGUCAUGUGGUCUGCCUCAGGUGACGACUGUAAAGGGAAGCAGCACCUGGAGACCCACACACUGGUCCACAGUCACACACAGACCUCCAGGACUCACCGUCUACUGGGGGCUCUGUGGACCCUUAUAGCUUACACAGGUUAACCCCCUUCCUCCUCCUCCUGGUUUCCUUCCUUCCUGAUGCAAUAAACAUGCAGGUUAACCCCCUUCCUCCUCUCCCUGGCUUCCUUCCUUAAUAGCCUAAUAUACAUAUAGGUUAAACACCUUCCUCCUCCUGGUUUCCUUCCUUAAUAACGUAAUACACAUGCAGGUUAACCCCCUGCCUCCUUCCCUGGCUUCCUUCCUUACUGACCUAAUACACAUACAUCAGAGUCGUAUUCAUUGGUGCAAACCGUAGCAAAAAUGUUCUGCAACAGAAACUAAAAUCAAGCAUUUCUUAUUGGACAAGUUCAGGUAGUCCCUCCCUGACUCAGUUAGUUUGAUUCUGUUUGGUGCCUAAUGAAUACGACCCUGCUAAUAUUGACUCGUUGCUUUAUAAACCUUGCACACAUAGACUUUUCAUGGAAUCUCUCAUUGACAUCAAUGCAAAUUAUAUACAAACUAUGUGUGGGUGUGGGGAAAUAAUAAUCCCUUCCUUCCGCUACUGGUCCAGGACCUGUUUUGUUGCACGGCUGAUAGUGGUUGAGGUCAGGAAUAGGCUCCAGAGAGCUGAUCUGAAAUCAGUUGUGAACUGAAGCCUCAGUCCUUUUAAUUGUCCUAAUGCCCAGCAUUUGUUAUUACCAUGUCAUUACCACUCUAUUUACCUAAUUGAAUCACUACGAUGUUGUUUUUUAUUUUACCAGGUUAGUCUCAUUGACGUUGAGAUAAAAUAUAUAUAUAUAUAUAUAUAUAUAUAUAUAUAUAUAUAUAUAUAUAUAUAUAUAUAUAUAUAUACAGUGAGGGAAAAAAGUAUUUGAUCCCCUGCUGAUUUUGUAUGUUUGCCCACUGACAAAAAAAUGAUCAGUCUAUAAUUUUAAUGGUAGAUUUAUUUGAACAGUGAGAGACAGAAUAACAACAACAAAAAAAUCCGGAAACACGCAUGUCAAAAAUGUUAUAAAUUGAUUUGCAUUUUAAUGAGGGAAAUAAGUAUUUGACCCCCUCUCAAUCAGAAAGAUUUCUGGCUCCCAGGUGUCUUUUAUACAGGUAACGAGCUGAGAUUAGGGGCACACUCUUAAAGGGAGUGCUCCUAAUCUCAGCUUGUUACCUGUAUAAAAGACACCUGUCCACAGAAGCAAUCAAUCAAUCAGAUUCCAAACUCUCCACCAUGGCCAAGACCAAAGAGCUCUCCAAGGAUGUCAGGGACAAGAUUGUAGACCUACACAAGGCUGGAAUGGGCUACAAGACCAUUGCCAAGCAGCUUGGUGAGAAGGUGACAACAGUUGGUGCGAUUAUUCGCAAAUGGAAGAAACACAAAAGAACUGUCAAUCUCCCUCGGCCUGGGGCUCCAUGCAAGAUCUCACCUCGUGGAGUUGCAAUGAUCAUGAGAACGGUGAGGAAUCAGCCCAGAACUACACGGGAGGAUCUUGUCAAUGAUCUCAAGGCAGCUGGGACCAUAGUCAACAAGAAAACUAUUGGUAACACACUACGCCGUGAAGGACUGAAAUCCUGCAGCGCCCGCAACGUCCCCCUACUCAAGAAAGCACAUAUACAGGCCCGUCUGAAGUUUGCCAAUGAACAUCUGAAUGAUUCAGAGGAGAACUGGGUGAAAGUGUUGUGGUCAGAUGAGACCAAAAUCGAGCUCUUUGGCAUCAACUCAACUCGCCGUGUUUGGAGGAGGAGGAAUGUUGCCUAUGACCCCAAGAACACCAUCCCCACCGUCAAACAUGGAGGUGGAAACAUUAUUCUUUGGGGGUGUUUUUCUGCUAAGGGGACAGGACAACUUCACCGCAUCAAAGGGACGAUGGACGGGGCCAUGUACCUUCAAAUCUUGGGUGAGAACCUCCUUCCCUCAGCCAGGGCAUUGAAAAUGGGUCGUGGAUGGGUAUUCCAGCAUGACAAUGACCCAAAACACACGGCCAAGGCAACAAAGGAGUGGCUCAAGAAGAAGCACAUUAAGGUCCUGGAGUGGCCUAGCCAGUCUCCAGACCUUAAUCCCAUAGAAAAUCUGUGGAGGGAGCUGAAGGUUCGAGUUGCCAAACGUCAGCCUCGAAACCUUAAUGACUUGGAGAAGAUCUGCAAAGAGGAGUGGGACAAAAUCCCUCCUGAGAUGUGUGCAAACCUGGUGGCCAACUACAAGAAACGUCUGACCUCUGUGAUUGCCAACAAGGGUUUUGCCACCAAGUACUAAGUCAUGUUUUGCAGAGGGGUCAAAUACUUAUUUCCCUCAUUAAAAUGCAAAUCAAUUUAUAACAUUUUUGACAUGCAUUUUUCUGGAUUUUUUUGUUGUUAUUCUGUCUCUCACUGUUCAAAUAAACCUACCAUUAAAAUUAUAGACGGAUCAUGUCUUUGUCAGUGGGCAAACGUACAAAAUCAGCAGGGGAUCAAAUACUUUUUUCCCUCACUGUAUAUAUAUAUAUAUAUAUAUAUUUUUUUUUUAAGAGAGACCUGGCCAAAAUAGCAGCACAUAAAGUUUCAUACAAAGACCCUUUUCUAAUGAAAGUUCCAACGUUGUGUGUGUUUGUUUUGACCCUUCCAGGGCACUGUCUACUCCAGCCAGCUUACUAUGUAGUGAGGGCAGGCCGGGCUCUGGGGUCAGCAGUGGGGUCAGCAGUACAGUCAGUGGCUCAGAGACUCCUGGCAGUGCUGUGGCUAGUCCUGGCAUCUCCAGGUUAGUUACUCUCUGUUGCAUCCACCCUCUCUUCAUCAUCAGUAUUUAGUUGUUUAAUCAGUUGCUCUUUCUUACAGUGGGGAAAAAAACUAUUUAGUCAACCACCAAUUGUGCAAGUUCUCCCACUUAAAAAGAUGAGAGAGGCCUGUAAUUUUCAUCAUAGGUACACGUCAACUAUGACAGACAAAAUGAGGAAAAGAAAUCCAGAAAAUCACAUUGUAGGAUUUUUUAUGAAUUUAUUUGCAAAUUAUGGUGGAAAAUAAGUAUUUGGUCAAUAACAAAAGUUUCUCAAUACUUUGUUAUAUACCCUUUUUUGGCAAUGACACAGGUCAAACGUUUUUUGUAAGUCUUCACAAGGUUUUCACACACUGUUGCUGGUAUUUUGGCCCAUUCCUCCAUGCAGAUCUCCUCUAGAGCAGUGAUGUUUUGGGGCUGUCGCUGGGCAACACAGACUUUCAACUCCCUCCAAAGAUUUUCUAUGGGGUUGAGAUCUGGAGACUGGCUAGGCCACUCCAGGACCUUGAAAUGCUUCUUACGAAGCCACUCCUUCGUUGCCCGGGCGGUGUGUUUGGGAUCAUUGUCAUGCUGAAAGACCCAGCCACGUUUCAUCUUCAAUGCCCUUGCUGAUGGAAGGAGGUUUUCACUUAAAAUCUCACGAUACAUGGCCCCAUUCAUUCUUUCCUUUACACGGAUCAGUCGUCCUGGUCCCUUUGCAGAAAAACAGCCCCAAAGCAUGAUGUUUCCACCCCCAUGCUUCACAGUAGGUAUGGUGUUCUUUGGAUGCAACUCAGCAUUCUUUGUCCUCCAAACACGACGAGUUUAGUUUUUACCAAAAAGUUAUAUUUUGGUUUCAUCUGACCAUAUGACAUUCUCCCAAUCCUCUUCUGGAUAAUCCAAAUGCACUCUAGCAAACUUCAGACGGGCCUGGACAUGUACUGGCUUAAGCAGGGGGACACGUCUGGCACUGCAGGAUUUGAGUCCCUGGUGGCGUAGUGUGUUACUGAUGGUAGGCUUUGUUACUUUGGUCCCAGCUCUCUGAAGGUCAUUCACUAGGUCCCCCCGUGUUGUUCUGGGAUUUUUGCUCACCGUUCUUGUGAUCAUUUUGACCCCACGGGGUGAGAUCUUGCGUGGAGCCCCAGAUCGAGGGAGAUUAUCAGUGGUCUUGUAUGUCUUCCAUUUCAUAAUAAUUGCUCCCACAGUUGAUUUCUUCUAACCAAGCUGCUUACCUAUUGCAGAUUCAGUCUUCCCAGCCUGGUGCAGGUCUACAAUUUUGUUUCUGGUGUCCUUUGACAGCUCUUUGGUCUUGGCCAUAGUGGAGUUUGGAGUGUGACUGUUUGAGGUUGUGGACAGGUGUCUUUUAUACUGAUAACAAGUUCAAACAGGUGCCAUUAAUAUAGGUAACGAGUGGAGGACAGAGGAGCCUCUUAAAGAAGAAGUUACAGGUCUGUUGGAGCCAGAAAUCUUGCUUGUUUGUAGGUGACCAAAUACUUAUUUUCCACCAUAAUUUGCAAAUAAAUUCAUUAAAAAUCCUACAAUGUGAUUUUCUGGAUUUUUUUUUCUAAAUUUGUCUGUCAUAGUUGACGUGUACCUAUGAUGAAAAUUACAGGCCUCUCUCAUCUUUUUAAGUGGGAGAACUUGCACAAUUGGUGGCUGACUAAAUACUUUUUUCCCCCACUGUAUAUACAUACACUACAUUACAGUAACGAUCCCCCUCCCCCUCUCUCUAUCUCGCUCUCUCUCUCCCCCCCUCUCACUCUCUCUCUUUCUCCCCCUGUCUCUCCCCCCCCCCCCCCCCCCCCCCCAGGUAAAGCAGCCAGAGGGCUGUUGUGGUGUCUGGGGACAGGCUGGUACCAGCUGGUGUCUCUCAUGUCUCUGUUCAACGUAUUCUUCCUGACCCGGUUAGAGCCUGCACUACUGUAUCUAACUAUGUGACCUUAGACCCCUGUAGUUCUCAGAAAUAUGUAGAUGACUUUUAUUGACCUACUAUUGUCCUUUGUUAUCAAAGGUUGUAGAUUUAACUGUGGCUGUGACUUGUUUGUUAUUGGACAAUUUUAUAUUGCACCUCCCUGUUUCAGUCUGUUUUAUUCUGUUUGGUGCCUACUGACCCUGUUAUCAUUGUGCAUGUUUGAUACAUAUUUAGGACCGUUCUUAUGCAGGCUCUGUCUAACACAAUAAUUCUUAAUUAGAUUGAAUUAUAUUUUGAUUAUAUUUAGGCAUAUGUCAUUUCUUCAGAUGAAAUGUCAUAAUGAAAACAAAGGGCCAGGGUAGAUGGGUUCUGUCAGUUAGAUGCACAUGAGAGAUAUGAUGAUUGAAUUAUUUAGUCAACUUUUAAAUAUUACAUUUUGAUUCAAUUAUUUCUCUCUCAUCUGACGAAGGAAAGGUUACAGUGUCUUAUCAGGUUAUGUUUUACGGUGUGUGUGUGUGUGUGUGUGUGUGUGUGUGUGUGUGUGUGUGUGUGUGUGUGUGUGUGCGUUUCUCAGGUAUGUUUUGCUCACUGUGUGGGUGUCUUUCAGGUGCCUGCCCAGAAUGUGGAAGCUUCUUCUCUUCCUCCUUCCCAUCCUGCUACUCCUGUGUGAGUAACGGUGUGCUCACCUGACGUAACCUACUUAACACACACACAGGCCGAUCUGUCAGCUGUGUAGCACCAGAGCUGUUAACCAGCCCCCCAGAGCUUGCUCCAAAUCCAGCCCCAGAUCUAGGUCACUCUUACUGGGCACACAGCUACAGAACCAGCCCUCUCUGUGGAACAACUCUCUUACACUUUUACACACUGUACUUUCUACACUAACAGUCUACACAGAAAAGCACUGACUUGCAUUCAUAAACCCACAAGCUACUAUCAAAUCCACAAAUUCAUGCAUAAACACCAAAAAAACUAAAACAAUACAAGCCUAAGAAACAACAGGUGCUAUACCAAUAAAGCUUUCACUGCAUUCACAGUAAAGACAGGCCGGUUGUUGCAUACUGUAGCUCCUGUUGAUUAAUUUCCCUGUUUCUCUCUCCUCUCCUCUCAGGGUUUUGGUUCUCGGGUCCGUCCAGUUUCCUCUGCUACCUUCCAGCCAUAAACCUGACAGAGUGGCGCUCCAGAGUGGUGUCCCCCUUCACCCUCUCAUCAUCUACCCUGGUCCCCACCCCCACCACACCCCUGGAGCAGACCCCCCCAGCACCCCCCGGCCCACAGGCACAGGUAAGAGAGGAGCUCGCCUGAGAAGCCUGAGGGCGUCUCUCACAGAGUGGGGGGGAACUUUGUGUCUGUAUUGUGUGAAUAUGGUAAUUCAUGACAUACAUCUGCCUCAUGAAUGUUGGACUAAAACAAGCUUUUUUGUUCUCUCUCCCACUCUCCUAACCUCUCACUACACUUCUCUGCCGCAACCUGUCUCCCCUUCUCUCCCCGUGUCCCUCCUUUAUUUCAGUCUCUCCCCUAUCUCCCCCUACAGCCAGUCCUUCCCCCCAUAGUCACCGUGGACACAGAGAGCCUGGAGCGUUUGGAGCGGGUGGAGCAUGGUCUGGCCCUGCUGUGGGAGCGGGUGCAGCGGGGGGACCAGAGGCAGGAGCAGCGUCACGGGGACACCCUGGCCCAGUACACCCUCCUGAGGGAGCAGCUGGACAGCCAGACAGACAGGGACAGCCUGGGUCUCUGGGUCUCUGGUCUGCUGGAGCACAGGAUCACCCUGCUGAGAGGAGAGCUGGAGCAGCAGGAGGCCUCACACAGGGCACAGGUAGGGAUGGCUGUCAGGGUUGAGGAAAGGGACUGGGGCUGGACACCAAAGGUGUUGAUAGGACUGGGACUUGUAGUUAUAAAUGGGGUUGGGGCUUGGUGGCAGGAAUGGGACUGGGACUUGUUGUUAGGAAUGGGGUUGGGGCUUGGUGUCAGGAAUGGGGUUGGGGCUUGUUGGCAGGGCUUAGUAGAGGGUUGAGCUUCAACAUUUGAAUUGAUAAUUACAGUGAGGGAAAAAAGUAUUUGAUCCCCUGCUGAUUUUGUACAUUUGCCCACUGACAAAGAAAUCAUCAGUCUAUAAUUUUAAUGGUAGGUGUAUUUGAACAGUGAGAGACAGAAUAACAACAAAAAAAUCCUGAAAAACGCAUGUAAAAAAUGUUAUAUAUAUAUAUUUGCAUUUUAAUGAGGGAAAUAAGUAUUUGAUCCCUCUGCAAAACAUGACUUAGUACUUGGUGGCAAAACCCUUGUUGGCAAUCACAGAGGUCAGACGUUUCUUGUAGUUGGCCACCAGGUUUGCACACAUCUCAGGAGGGAUUUUGUCCCACUCCUCUUUGCAGAUCUUCUCCAAGUCAUUAAGGUUUCGAGGCUGACGUUUGGCAACUCGAACCUUCAGCUCCCUCCACAGAUUUUCUAUGGGAUUAAGGUCUGGAGACUGACUAGGCCACUCCAGGACCUUAAUGUGCCUCUUCUUGAGCCACUCCUUUGUUGACUUGGCCGUGUGUUUUGGGUCAUGGUCAUGCUGGAGUACCCAUCCACGACCCAUUUUCAAUGCCCUGGCUGAGGGAAGGAGGUUCUCACCCAAGAUUUGACGGUACAUGGCCCCGUCCAUCGUCCCUUUGAUGCGGUGAAGUUGUCCUGUCCCCUUAGCAGAAAAACACCCCCAAAGCAUAAUGUUUCCACCUCCAUGUUUGACGGUGGGGAUGGUGUUCUUGGGAGUCAUAGGCAGCAUUCCUCCUCCUCCAAACACGGCGAGUUGAGUUGAUGCCAAAGUGCUCGAUUUUGGUCUCAUCUGACCACAACACUUUCACCCAGUUCUCCUCUGAAUCAUUCAGAUGUUCAUUGGCAAACUUCAGAUGGGCCUGUAUAUGUGUUUUCUUGAGCAGGGGGACCUUGCGGGCGCUGCAGGAUUUCAGUCUUUCACGGCGUAGCGUGUUACCAAUUGUUUUCUUGGUGACUAUGUUCCCAGCUGCCUUGAGAUCAUUGACAAGAUCCUCCCGUGUAGUUCUGGGCUGAUUCCUCACCGUUGUCAUGAUCAUUGCAACUCCACGAGGUGAGAUCUUGCAUGGAGCCCCAGGCCGAGGGAGAUUGACAGUUCUUUUGUGUUUCUUCCAUUUGCGAAUAAUCGCACCAACUGUUGUCACCUUCUCACCAAGCUGCUUGGCGAUGGUCUUGUAGCCCAUUCCAGCCUUGUGUAGGUCUACAAUCUUGUCCCUGACAUCCUUGGAGAGCUCUUUGGUCUUGGCCAUGGUGGAGAGUUUGGAAUCUGAUUGAUUGAUUGCUUCUGUGGACAGGUGUCUUUUAUACAGGUAACAAGCUGAGAUUAGGAGCACUCCCUUUAAGAGUAUGCUCCUAAUCUCAGCUCGUUAACUGUAUAAAAGACACCUGGGAGCCAGAAAUCUUUCUGAUUGAGAGGGGGUCAAAUACUUAUUUCCCUCAUUAAAAUGCAAAUCAAUUUAUAACAUUUUUGACAUGCGUUUUUCUGGAUUUUUUUGUUGUUAUUCUGUCUCUCACUGUUCAAAUAAACCUACCAUUAAAAUGAUAGGCUGAUCAUUUAUUUGUCAGUGGGCAAACGUACAAAAUCAGCAGGGGAUCAAAUACUUUUUUCCCUCACUGUAUGUUCAGAUUAGUGGUUUUAUGUAGGGUCAGAUUUCAGUCCGUUCUGCUUAGUAAGCAUUCCAAACUGACCCCUAUUACUUAUUACUGAAUUCCUUACUGUUUACUUCUGGGUGACCUUUUCUUUUUCCCUCCCUCCUCUCUUUCUCUCCCUCCUCCCUAUCUCCUCCCUCUCUCCUCCAUUCUCUCCUCCCUCCCUCCUCCGUCUCUCCUGUGCAGACUGAGGAGCAGAGGGUUCAGCAGCAGCAGAGUCAGGAGACACGGCUAGCUGAGCUGGAGGUGCUGCUGCAGGUCCUGGCUUCUAAAACUGAGGUAACACUAUACCACAUUACCUACAUAUCCCAAUACAUACAGGACCAGUUACAUGUCAUGAAAUUUGAGACUGAGGAAAUGGUCUAUGGGAAAUGCACACCAGACUAUGAAUUAAACCCUGUGAGAUCAAAUGAAUACAUCCAGGACCAUAGGUUACCUCCACAGCUCAUCUGAACACCACUAGAUCUUAGCAGGCUAACAGCUAAGCUUGAGGUACAGUCUCACACGCUUAUUACUGACUGACACAUACAAGACCCACGCAUAGGAAUACAUACAGGAACAUUCCGGUUCUGGCAGCUGAUCUGAAUAAGCACCAGUCCAUACAUACGUCCCCUCAGGCAGUUAAUUUGAAUACAUACAGUAUGACACACACUCAUACAAGUCUAGUCGUCUGAUACACAGGAGUCAGCAUGUCCCUGUCCAUUUAGGUUAAUUGUGAUGACAUACAUGCCCGUGCUGAAAGUGUUCACGCCAACACAUGCUGUAUGUAGCUUAUUGGUCAUUCAUUUAUAUUACAGUACUGUACAUUUGAAUGAGGUUGUAUUUCAGGCGGUGCAACAGAAACGGCAACCAGAGAAGGAGACAACCAGACCUGCCUCUGUCCCUGUCAGGUAGGUUCACUGUCACUGGGUUAACCUCCGUAGAUUAUUUUUUACAUUUACAUUAAAUUUACGUCAUUUAGCAGACGCUCUUAUCCAGAGCGACUUACAGUUAGUGCAUACAUUAUUAUUUUCAUACUGGCCCCCUCGUGGGAAUCGAACCCACAACCCUGGCGUUGCAAACGCCAUGCUCUAUCAACUGAGCUACCUCCCUGCCUGCCAUUCCCUCCCCUACCCUGGACGACGCUGGGCCAAUUGUGCGCCGCCCCAUUGGUCUCCCGGUUGCGGCCGGCUACAGCAGAGCCUGGAUUAUAUAGUGCAGGACUUUUCUACGGUUUACAACUGCUCUCCAUUUCAUCGUGAAAGAAACUCUUGCACACUGAUUCUCUUCAUUUGCCCCACAAUGUUUUAAUGGAUCACCAAAACAAAUGUUUAAACCCAAUGAAGGUCUUAUGACUGAAACAUUGGUCUAAGUGGUCCAUUAUUAGAUCAAACAAUAGAGACAGUGUAUUGGAGUUCAUUUUUUUACAGCAUGCAGGGUUGCAGAAUCGUCAGUUUCUCAAAAUUCCCAGGUUUUCCAGAAAUGCCGGUUAGAAGAUUCCUGGAAUCAGGAGGGAAAAGCAAGAAGUCGGGAAAUCUUCUAACCUGGAUUUCUGGAAAAUGGGGGAUUUUGGGGAAAGUUAGACGAAUUAGGCAAACCUAAGCAAGUGUAAUAGAGACUCUCUCUCUUUCUUACUCUCUCUCUCUCUCUCUUUUCUCCCCCUCAGUGUGCGUGUGGACCAGGAGGCCCAUGAUGCUUUGCUGGCGGAGGUGCAGAGGCUGGAGGCGGAGCUGGGUCGGAUCAGGGGCGACCUGCAGGGGGUGAUGGGAUGUCAGGGGAAAUGUGAGCAGCUGGACACAAUCCAGGAAACGGUGAGAAUGAAAGACAAUUGUCUGUUUACUGCUUUUAGUGUUUACUAUACCUAGAGCUGAUAUAGCUAGUCUUUAUUAUAGUAGUUGUACAUUACCUUUGCAAUAUAAUGCAAUUCUUCCAAAUGACAGCCUGUACUGUACUGUGCUGUUAUUGAACUGAACUUAUAAACUGGGUUGUUCGAGCCUUGAAUGCUGAUUGUCUGACAGCCGUGGUAUAUCAGACCGUAUACCACGGGUAUGACAAAACAUUUGUUUUUUUCUAAUUACAUUGGUAACCAGUUUAUAAUAGCAAUAAGGCACCUCGGGGGGUUUGUGGUAUAUGGCCAAUAUACCACGGCUAAGGGCUGUAUCCAGUUACUCCGUGUUGCGUGGGGCCUAAGAACAGCCCUUAGCCGUGGUUAAUUGGCCAUAUACCACACCCCCUCGGGCCUUAUUGCUUAAUUAUACAUGAGGGUAUAUAUAUUCUGCAGUUACAGCCCCUCACACAUUGUCUGUCUCACCUCUCCCUCUCUCUCACCUCUCCCUCCCAGGUGUCUACCCAGGUGUCAGCCCAGGUGAGGCGGAAGCUGCGGGCCCUGUUCUACGGCUCUGACGACCAGGCCCACCAGGGAGAACCAGACAUCCCAGAGGGUCUCCUCCAGUGGCUGUCGUCGCGCUACGUGAGCGGGGCCGACCUGCAGGCCCUCCUGGCCUCCCUGGAGCUCAGCAUCCUGAGGAACGUGUCUCUGCAGCUGGAACAGAGCAGGGCCGAGGCCCACACGGAGGCUGAGGCCAGGGCUGCAGUCAUCACCACCCAGACCCAGUCUAUUACACAGAGUGUCCAACAUACCGCCGUGGGCGAGGGACUGUCUGAGGAGGUACAACACAUACUCCACUAUAGGGACUCUUUGUUGUUGUUAACCCAGUGCUUCACGCACUCAUCAGAACAUCGGAACAACUUUAUUAUCAUGCUUUAUUUCAUGAAGAUGGACCGGUUUCCUGGACCCAGGUUCUCCAUAGAGCAUGCUUUUGACUUCACGGUCCGUAUCCACAAAGUGUCUCAGAGUAGGAGUGCUGAUCUAGGAUCUGACCAUAUAACCUUAUUCAUUAUGAUCUAAAAGGCAAAACUGAUCCUAGAUCAUUCAGCACUACUACUCUGAUACUGCUUUGUGAAUAGUGGACCAGGAGUAGGUUUAAUUUGGGUCUUGGAAACCAUCUCCUUCCUAUAUGAUGUACUUUCACUAUAUGAUGACUGUUAGGUGGUCAUUGUCAAUGAGACUAGGAGUCGUGUGUGAAGUUGCACAGCAGAGUCUCUGCAAAAGGUAUCCCACCAUACACACAUCUUAACCCCCGUCCCUGCCACUCUCUCCCCCAGCAAGUGCAGCUGAUCGUCCAGAAUGCCCUGAAACUCUACUCCCAGGAUCGGACGGGCCUAGUGGACUACGCCCUGGAGUCUGGAGGUAAAGAGAGGCCUCUCACUCUGUUUACAUUAACAGAACCACCCUGUGGGUUAGGGCCAGCCUGUUGUCAUGUCCAUGAACAGAACCACCCUGUGGGUUAGAACCAGCUUGUUGUCAUGUCCAUGAACAGAACCACCCUGUGGGUUAGAACCAGCUUGUUGACAUGUCCAUGAACAGAACCACCCUGUGGGUUAGAACCAGCUUGUUGACAUGUCCAUGAACAGAACCACCCUGUGGGUUAGAGCCAGCCUGUUGUCAUGUCCAUGAACAGAACCACCCUGUGGGUUAGAACCAGCUUGUUGACAUGUCCAUGAACAGAACCACCCUGUGGGUUAGAACCAGCCUGUUGACAUGUCCAUGAACAGAACCACCCUGUGGGUUAGGGCCAGCCUGUUGUCAUGUCCAUGAACAGAACCACCCUGUGGGUUAGAACCAGCUUGUUGACAUGUCCAUGAACAGAACCACCCUGUGGGUUAGAACCAGCCUGUUGACAUGUCCAUGAACAGAACCACCCUGUGGGUUAGAACCAGCCUGUUGACAUGUCCAUGAACAGAACCACCCUGUGGGUUAGAGCCAGCCUGUUGACAUGUCCAUGAACAGAACCACCCUGUGGGUUAGAACCAGCUUGUUGACAUGUCCAUGAACAGAACCACCCUGUGGGUUAGAACCAGCCUGUUGACAUGUCCAUGAACAGAACCACCCUGUGGGUUAGAACCAGCCUGUUGACAUGUCCAUGAACAGAACCACCCUGUGGGUUAGAACCAGCCUGUUGACAUGUCCAUGAACAGAACCACCCUGUGGGUUAGAGCCAGCUCCAUGAUGGUGGUUCAAUGGGAAGGAUUAGCCUAGCUGUUAGCCUAGCGUUACAUAACUAUACAGCAGCCAGCCCCGAGGGUGCAUCCCAAAUGGCACCCUAUUCCCUAUAUAGUGCCCUACUAUAAAGGGAAUAGGGUGCCUACUUUUGACCAGGACAAAAGUAGUGCACUAUAAAGGGAAUAGGGUGCCAGGUCAAAAGUAGUGCAAUAAGGGAAUAGUGUGCCAUUUCAGUAUGAAUGGUACUGUAUAUCAGUAGUGAAGAGGGUAGUAGAGCUUUAGAGGCCAAAGCUCAGGUUGUCUGUCUCCAUGGACAACAAGCCUGUCUGUCAUUCUAAUGGCCUGUAUGGAUUGGACAGGCACAGGGGGAUCCAUUAGAUACACCACAGAUCAGAUUAGUAGCCAGAUGAACUGAGUGGUCUGUGACGUUUGUCUGUGUGUUGUAUUUUGAUGUGUGUGUGUGUUAGUAUUAUAUCAUGUAUGUUGUGUGUUUUAUUGCAUUAUCCCUGUGUAUGGUCAAAUGGCUUUUCAAUACAGUUUCCCCACCCCAGAGGUGUGGUUCAGGCAUUAGGAUUUCUAACUCAUAUAAACAUUUGGGCCUAAGAUCGAAUAAGAAUGUAUUUCUUUCCCCCAUUCUUUCAUUCGUUGAUUGAUUAAUUAAUUGAUUGGUUGAUAAAAAAGAUGAAGAUCCACUUAUUCCCAGAAGAUAACACUUAUAAACCUUAAGACUUGUAUUUCCAAUGUGGUCUUCUUCUUGGGUAGAAAUAGAAAGGACACUGUUGUGGUUGAACUGUGGUUCUGAUGUAACAUGGUCAUGUGUCUGUGCGGUCAGGUGGUAGCAUCCUAAGUACGCGCUGCUCGGAGACGUACGAGACCAAGACGGCCCUCAUGAGUCUGUUCAGCGUGCCCCUCUGGUACUUCUCCCAGUCACCCCGCGUUGCCAUCCAGGUGAGCUCUCCAUUUCAAACGUUCAGAAGCUUUAUUGUUCCGGUCACAAAGGCAGUGUACAAAUAAAAACACAUUCCAACAAUAGCUGCAAUCCAGGAAUAACUGCUGAGCUGCUUAGAAGACACUGAUUCAAUAAAGAUAUUCUUCAAAGAUGCUUUCAUUUUCAACACCACCAGGGGACAUUGUUUCCUCUUAAUCAGUGUUUUUAUUUGUAGAUAACAGCAAAUGUUGAAAAGUGUUAUUUCAACAAUUACUUCAUUAGUCAAGUACAUUUGAACAGGACAGGGAUUAUCUUGUUGAGACUGAUUAGAAGACAUUUAUCAGUGAUUCUAACAUGUCUUACUAUCUCUCUCUCCCUCCCUCCGCCCAUCGUCUUUUCUCCAACUCUUCUUCCUUCCUUCCUUCCUUCCUUCCUUCCUUCCUUCCUUCCUUCCUUCCUUCCUUCCUUCCUUCCUUCCUUCCUUCCUUCCUUCCUUCCUUCCUUCCUUCCUUCCUUCCUUCCUUCCUUCCUCUUUCCUUCCUUCCUUCCCUCCUUCCCUCCUUCCUUCCCUCAGCCUGAUGUGUAUCCAGGGAACUGCUGGGCGUUUAAAGGUUCUCAUGGUUACCUGGUCAUCCGGUUGUCCCUAAGGAUCCUCCCCACAGCCUUCUGUCUGGAGCACAUCCCCAAGGCCCUGUCCCCUACCAGCAACAUCGCCAGCGCCCCGCGCAACUUCACAGUAUACGUAAGACACACACAUGCCUACCUACUGGCAAUAUCAGCAACUACAUGGAAUGCCUUCUAUUGGUCAGGUGCUAUCUAUGGUCUCAGCGUCAGUAGUGUUUAGACUGGUACUCUCACUGCUCAGCCUCAAUCUCCUGCCUGACAUCACUGACUGGUUUCUGUGUGUUUUCAGGGUCUGGAUGAUGAGUAUCAGGAGGAGGGAAAGCUGUUGGGUCAAUACACCUACCAGGAGAACGGAGACUCAAUGCAGAACUUCCCUGUCAUGGUAAACACAAGAAAUGACAUCAAUUUCUACACACUCAUGUGCAUGUGCCAACAAACACACACAAAAACCUCUCACCAUCCUACAUACAACCACUGACCCUCUGACCUCUCUCUGGCUCUUUUUUUACUUUGUCAAAAAUCGUUGUAAAAAUCAGAUACUUUGAGAUCCAAUACUUAUCACUCCUUACUAUGUCUCUUCCUUCCCUCCAGGAGAAGAACGACAGGGCCUUCCAGAUCAUCGAGGUGCGGGUGCUGACCAACUGGGGUCACCCCGAGUACACCUGCCUCUACCGCUUCAGAGUCCAUGGAGAACCACGCAUCCAG